CCACUCUUUUGUUUAUCCAUCAUGGCUGCCCCCCUAAGUGCAAUAUGAACGUAAACAAUCAUGCCAUGAAGUAACCUUGCGUUUCGGAUUGUGUCACCGAAAUAUGUUGGAAUUUCAUCGAUAACUCGGCAAGAUACGUUUAUAUCAAAAAUGGCUUUCCGUGUGAGCAUCUCGAUUUUCCGAAAAUCUGUAUAUUUUCCGAGAGUUGCUUUCAACAUAUCUGCGCCACUGUUAAAUGUGUCACAGUUUCUCCGAACGGGAUGGGCUGCCCGUUGUCCAGGGACCAAUAAUGGACAGGGUUUUCGCUUCACCCCCGCCUGUUUUAUUACAUCGGAUGCGUUUUUGGGCAGACUGGCGAAAGGCAAAGCGGCAGAGACAGAUGACAGUCUUUAUCACGAUCCAGCCUCAGUUCCGCCCGACAGCGGUAAUCACAACGUCUGCUGCUGCCUCGGAAAACAAAAGAGGGUUACCUCCGGGCAUGCUAAGCAAAUAUCAUGGCUGGUGAAGGAUCCAGAUCAACCAGAGAAAUCAAAUGUUUUAAGAGUGGCCAUUAUUGGUUCCCCAAAUUCUGGGAAGUCCACACUGUCCAACCAACUGCUUGGCAGAAAGAUUUUACUGGACACUCCUGGACUCACUACACCAUCAAAAGUCAAGAGGCACCAGCUGGAGAAGUCUCUCCUCGAGGAUCCUUGGAAUACAGUCAAGGAAGCUGACCUUGGUACUGCACGAUUCUUCACUUUUUGCAACCUUUCGGGCACACAGAUGAUUGCUUGGGCCUGCAACAAGCUAGACUUUGAGGUCCUGAAAUGCCUGACCCAGUACCCAGAUGUCCCAGCAGUCCUAGUUCUCAAUAAGGUUGACUCGCUGAAGAGCAAGAGCAGGUUGUUGGAGAUGACAGCAGAUCUGACAUGUGGAGUGGUGAAUGGGCGGAAGCUGCAGGUCCGCAGUGUGAUCAAGCCCCCCUGGGCUGAGAGGAGGACGGACAGGGAGACCAGGACACCAGGGUCUGGAGAUGAGGGCGAGCCAGGUGGUGAUGUGGCUCCUCAUGAGGGCACUGAGGCCCAGUCAGGGCUGAGUAAGGAGCAGCUGAGAGCUCUGAAGACCCAACAGGGCAGGGCCCACUUCAAAGAUGUCUUCAUGCUCUCUGCUGUGGAUAGAGAGGAUGUGGAGACACUGAAGAGGUACCUAGUAGUAGGGUCAAAGCCUGGUUCUUGGCAAUACCACAGUGACGUUCUGACUGACUCCUGAGGAGGUCUGCACCAACACUGUCAGAGAGAAAACUACCUGCCCCCCAGGACACCUAUACCACCCGAUGUCACAUGAAGGCUAUAAAGAUCAUUAAGGACAACAACCACCCGAGCCACUGCCUGUUCACCCCGCUAUCAUCCAGAAUGCGAGUCGAUUGACUUGUGGCACGACAGGGGGAAUGGAGAGCUGGAUAUAGCAGUAAAACUGUAUGUGAAGAAAGAAAGUCACAUGGAAAUGGUGAUUGGCCAGGCUGGUCAGAUGGUUGCCAGGAUUGCCAGAGAGGCUGGAGAGGACCUUAGCACUGUGUUCCUCAGGGAGGUCAAGCUGAGGCUCUCAGUGAAGCUGAAGAAUUGAAGAGGAUUAUGGGAAACAGAGUAUUGUGAUCAUCUGGGGCAAACACAGUAUUAUGGUGGCCUAGUGUGUUGGAAAUUAACAUUGUUGAACUCUACGGAUUCUUUGGACACUAUACUCAGUGAAAGAUCUGACUGCUUUCUAUUGCUUGACUGUGGACAGACCUACAGCUGAACUGUGCUGCUGAGAGCUUGUGAGUGCUCAUCAUGAGUCAGCUAUUGAGAGUUAAUGGAAACACAGAGUGACAGCUCUCUCCCCUUGAACUUGUUCUCAGCCUUUUCUACAGUCACUUCUCUCAAGGGUCAUCAUACUGUAUUCUUGCAUAAGCAUUGCUCUUGAGUAAAGGAUGACUUGUGUAUAUUUUUGCAUAUAUUUUCCACUUUGUCUUUCAGAGCUUCUGUAACAUAUUAUCUUGUAAUUAUAUUUUUUACCUCUCA